GGCGCGGGUAGCUGCUGGUCCGCGCGGCGCUUGGUUUUGAGUGAAUCCCAGCCAGCUCCUAGUGUGGUGCAGUGAACUGUGUUUGGUUCCUUCUACUUGGGGACCAUGCAGAGAGCUUCACGUCUGAAGAGGGAGCUGCAGUUGUUAGCCACAGAGCCACCCCCCGGCAUCACAUGCUGGCAGGAUAAGGACCAAAUGGACAAUCUGCGAGCUCAAAUAUUAGGUGCGGCUGACACACCUUAUGAAAAAGGUGUUUUCAAGCUGGAAGUUAUCAUUCCUGAGAGGUAUCCAUUUGAACCCCCUAAGAUCCGAUUUCUCACUCCAAUCUAUCAUCCAAACAUUGAUUCUGCUGGAAGGAUUUGUCUAGAUGUUCUCAAAUUGCCACCAAAAGGUGCCUGGAGGCCAUCUCUUAACAUCGCAACCAUCUUGACUGCUAUUCAGUUGCUCAUGUCCGAACCCAACCCUGAUGACCCACUCAUGGCAGACAUAUCCUCUGAAUUUAAAUAUAAUAAGCCAGUCUUCCUCGAGAAUGCCAGGCAGUGGACAGAGAAGUAUGCAAGACAGAAACAGAAGGCUGAUAAGGAGGCGAUACCUGAUGAUCUGCCAGAGGCUGGUGCCUCAGAAGUAUGCAACACAGCACCGAAAAGGAAAGCCAGAUCGCUGGGAGGCACUGAAAAGAAAUUUUGCCCUGAUGCAUAGGGGUUUGUCCUGAUCUAUCUUAGUUAAUAUAUUCUUUGCUAAGAUGGUCUAAUUUGCUUACCUUUAACUGUUUUUCUUUGUAUUUGUUGACAUUAUCAUUUUUUGUCUCCUAUAAAACAGACCUUGUUAUUUAUAUAUUCUGCUCUACAUGGAUUCUCUGAGGGUAGUUUGUUUUAUUUAGCUUGUACAUACAUAUUUUGAAACCUUUUAAACCUGAAAAAUAAAUAAUGUUGAGUGUGUUUAUCCUGAAUGUGUGUCUGGGAGCAAACUGUCCAGAAAGCUUUAUAAUAAGAAUGUUAAAAUAUUUGGAAUUUUGUCUUUUAUUUUGCCAACUUUCCAACAUCACUAGGGAUACUGAAUGUUUGACGUCGAUAUAAAAUAACUAUUGGAAACAGUUCAGUUGCCACUAGGCUUUUAGGAAUUCUGGGUUUACAGAUUUUAUUUUAUUUUUAUUUUAUUUUAUUUUUAGAAGUUUUAAUACAAUGUGGGAAUAAGGUAAUAUACCCUUUUGUUAAUUUUUUUGCAACUUUAACUUUUUGUGAUUUGUGUAGCUGGUCAGAAUUACUAUGGUAUAACUUUUAUUUGUUCAAUAAAUUAUUGAACACCUGCUAGGUACCAAGUAUUGUGGUAGUAUUUUAGAAUAUAAGAGUGAAAAAUUCAGACAUGAGAUUAACCAGAUAAUCAUACAAAUUUAAAUAAGGAUUUUUGUAGUCACUUUUUGUCCCUAGCUUCAUUUCAUGGCAAGUACUACUCUGAAUAAAUAGGUGCCAAACUUGAAUCUCCUACUCACGAUUUUAUAAUAUACUUGGACUUUGUUAUUCUGUUUAGACAGAGAAAACAGAUUUGAGCAGGAAUCAGUAGAAAGAGGCUGCCCAUGCUGAGUGAAAGACUCUGGGAAUAGAGAUAUUAGGAGUCCGAACUAGAAAAAUAAAAACUGUCAUGUCCCCA